UGAUUUUGCAUUUCUGGGGAGAGACCUGUGUGCAAACAACACAGGUCUCUCUUCUGCCAGCAAGAACAUGCUCCUGAAUAUUUCACUGCACAGCAGAGAAAUACACAGCAGCAUGAUUCCCUAGUAAAACACACACAGCACACAGUAAAACAGCACACAGUUAACCCUUUGAUUGCCCCAGAUGUUAACUUCCUGCCCAGUGUCAUUAGUACAGUGUCAGUGCUUUUUAUUAGCACUGAUCACUUUAUUAGUGUCAUUGAAAUGUCAGUGGCAGUUAGUCAGUUCCCUCCAGUGUCAGAAUGCCCACCGAAGUCCC